AUGACCGCGGAAGCCACCACCGAGCUGCCUGUCUGGCUGGACAAGCAGUUCGCGGAGAUCUCGCUCAAGGAGAGCGACGCGUCCAGAGACUUGGAGGUCGCCUCGGUGGCUGUGCAGAGGGCGGUGGCUACGGGCGACAACUACCUCAGCGACGUCUACCGCAUGACCGUCGAGCUGGAGCACGUCGCCAGUCCCCAUGGCAGCUCCCGGUCGCUGAUCAUCAAGUGCCUCCCGGCGGGAGAGGUGAUGCGGAAGUUGGUGCAGGAGAUAAAAGUCUUCGAGCAUGAGACUCGCAUGUUCUGCGAGACCAUUCCCGCGAUGUCGCAUAUCCUGGAGAAAGCGGCACCCGGUAAAUACACGCAGCUGUCUGCCAAGUGUUUCGCCUCUGGGAAGCAGCCGGUCAGCUACCUGGUUCACGAGGACUUGAAGGACAGAGGGUUCUCGCUGGCGAAGAGGUGCAGCGGACUCGAUUUGGCGCACUCCAAACUCGUGGUCAGGAAACUGGCAGAGUUCCACGCGGCCUCCGUCAAGCUGUUCGAUCAGGACCCAUCGGCUCUGGACAACUACCUGGUCUUCAAGUUGUUGCACAGAUCUACGGCGCAGCAUCUGGAGAACUUCUUGAAACAGGGUUGCAGGUUACUCGCGGAUCAGUUGGACACGUUAGACGGAUCGUACUCAAAGUAUGCGCCGAGGAUACGAACUCUCGCUGAAAGCAUAUUUCCACGGCUAGCUGACUUGACGGAACGGAAGGGAAAGUUUCGUGUGCUAACUCACGCAGAUACGUGGGUCAACAACAUCAUGUUCAAAUACGCUGCAGAAGUCGUCCAAGACGUGGUCCUUCUCGAUUUCCAGUUGUCCUCGUACGGUUCACCUUCGAUUGACUUGCAAUAUUUUACUCACACAAGCCUUACAGAAGAAGUGUACGCCAAUCAUUUAACAGACCUUCUGAAGGAGUACCACAGUCAUUUAAUCGAGGUGAUGAACGAUAUUGGUAUCAGUACGGACAAACAGAUAUCCUUUGAGGAGCUACUGGCAGACUUCGAGGCGCAAGCACUGUACGCCGUUUUUUCGGCAGUAGCAAUUUUGCCAAUCGUGCGCACUCAAGAGGAAACUAGAUUCGAUAUGGAAGCGUAUCUGAACGAAAGUGACAGUGCUACCAACAGAAACACCUUCGCGAGCGCUCAGUACAUGCAGGCUAUAAAACAAAUGCUGCCAGAAUUUGAAAAGAGGGGCCUGUUGUAG